AUGCCACCAAAGAAAACAAACCAUUCAAAUUCUUCUGGUAAUGAGUCUGUUGGGGGCUCUGCUAUGAAUGAUAUGCUGGACAUGCUGCGCCAGCAAUCUGUCCAAAUGGCUCAGCAGCAGCAACAAUUUCAACAACAGCAACUCCAAUACCAACAGCAACAACAACAGCAGCAGUUGAUACAACAGCAACAACAGCAAAUCCAGCAGCAACAGCUGCAAAUGCAACAACAGACCUUUCACAGGAGGCCAAAUCAGACCACUAGUUUCAAGACUUUUCAGUCAGUGAAGCCCCCGGAGUUUAAAGGUGAGAUGGAUCCUGUAGCUGCAAGUUUGUGGCUUAAGGAAAUGGAGAAAGCCUUCACUUUGACCCAGGUAAGUGAUGAGCUUAAAACUGAGUAUGCUAGUUACUUUCUUAAAAAUGAAGCUAAUUAUUGGUGGGAGUCUACCCGGGCAUUGGAAGGAGAAGGUCCUGUUGCAUGGACUAGAUUUACAGAGUUGUUUUUGAAUGAGUAUUUCCCGAGUAGUUUGGUGAAUCAAAUGGAAAUUGAAUUUCUGGAGUUGAAACAAGGUGAAAGGAGUGUGACGGAGUAUGAGAAUAAGUUUACAGAACUUGCUCGCUUGGUGCCAGUGUAUGCUGCGUUAGUUAUAGAAAGUGAUCGGAAGCUAGCUGCCAAAGAAAAAGGCGACACAAAGAGGAAAUUUGAUGAUGUUGGGAAUAAGUCUGAAUCAGGGGGACCCAGCCAACGGUUUCAAGGAAGGAUUGGAAGGAAUAGGAAUCAUGGAUUUCGUAGGCAGAAUUUUCCCCCAGCUAGACCCAGUACCACUUCAGUUGGUUCCAGCCAAAGCAGGUUCCCGAAAUUCCCGGUUGUAGAUUGCAAACGAUGUGGAAGGAAGCAUAGUGGAUCGUGUAAGACGGGCGUGGAAUGUUUCAGGUGUGGACAGAAAGGUCAUUACUCGACGGAAUGUAGGGUAGAGAAUCCAGGAAUAACGUGCCACAAGUGUGGAAAGGUGGGUCAUAUGGCCAAGAAUUGUAGGAGCAACACCCAGAAUAGUGUUGGAGGCAGCUCGUCUCAAGGACCAGCUAAUAAUACUACAAGGGCCAGAACUUUUAAGAUGACCAAGAAGUCUACUCCUCAGGAUUCUGAUGUAGUUGCAGGUACGCUUUCUCUUAAUUUCGUACCUGUUAAAGUUUUGUUUGAUUCUGGAGCAUCUAAGUCAUUUAUAUCCAAGGGUUGUGUAAGUAGAAUGGAUUUAAUGUUGGAAGAUUUACCUGAGUCUUUAACCAUAGAAGUGGCCAAUCAGGAUAAGGUCUUAGUAAGCCAGUUUUGUCCCAAAUGUCAACUAGAAAUCUUAGGCCAUUCAUUUCUAGUUGAUUUGAUACCCUUUGAGUUAGGAGAAUUUGACGUGAUCUUAGGAAUGGAUUGGUUGUCUCUACCUAAGGCAAAGAUUGAUUGCAAGAAAAAGAAGGUGAUUAUAUUUACAGAGGACAAUGAAAAGGUUGUUUUUCAAGGACAGAGACAAGAAAAGAAAUUUCUCUCGAUUAUGCAAGUAAAGAAACUGCUAAGACAAGGUUGUGAAGCCUAUCUAGCCCAUGUUCUGGAUACCAAGAAGGAAACCCCAAAAUUAGAAGAGAUUCCCGUAGUAAGGGAAUACCCGGAAGUGUUCGCUGAGGAAUUGCCAGGAUUACCACCGGAUCGGGAAAUAGAGUUUUCUAUUGAUUUAGUGCCUGGAGCUGAGCCAGUGUCGAAAGCGCCAUAUCGGAUGGUCCCAAUAGAGAUGAAAGAAUUGGCUAAGCAACUUCAAGAAUUGUUGGAUAAAGGAGUAAUUAGACCGAGUGUAUCCCCGUGGGAUGCUCCGGUACUGUUUGUGAAGAAGAAGAAUGGUACGAUGAGAUUAUGCAUCGAUUAUAGGGAAUUGAAUAAGUUGACUAUUAAGAAUAAGUAUCCCUUACCCAGGAUUGAUGAUUUGUUUGAUCAGCUAAAGGGAGCCUGUUGUUUCUCUAAGAUUGACCUGAGAUCUGGAUACCAUCAGUUAAAGAUUAAACCUGAAGAUAUACGAUGA